AUGUUCGCCGACGACUUGGUCAUUUCAGCGACGAGUGAAAAGAACUUGGAAGCACAGCUCAGGAAGUGGGAGAAGGCACUCGAGGGUCGAGGGCUAAAAGUGAACAUGAAGAAGACUGUCGUCAUGAGAAGCAGCAAAGGAGCAAGAAGAAAGCUAAACAUCAAAGAGGAGAGCGGCGCAAAGUACGACCAAGUUGAUGAGUUCAAGUAUCUCGGCAGCACGAUGGCAAGUGAAGGAAGAUAUGAGAGAGCAGUGAAAGACCGAGUGAAGGCAGCGUGGGCCAAGUGGCCCACGCUGCCAAACUUGGGCCUUAAGAAAGAAAGAAGAGAGCCUGCUGCAGAGAACGGAAAUGCUGAGGUGGAAGUUGGGAAUCAGUCUAAGAGAGUAGAGAACAAACGAAGAGGUGUUAGCUGA